GAAGAAAAUAUUCGGGACAUGUUUUAUAGAAAACAUUAUGCAAAUAUGUGCUACUAAUCUUACUUAUUACAAAUCUUAACCUGUCCUUUUUCGACAAAAUUGUCGUGUUUAAGCUCACAUAACAUACAAGUGACAAGAUGCUGGAACAGAAAAAAGAGCAACAAAUGCCAUAAUGGGGGGAAUCACCCCCUUUGGGCCCUUCACUGAUUCUUCAUGUUGUUUCUUCCCAACCGUUCCCACUUUUGGAGUUAUUUUAACCCUUUCGCUCCAAUUCAACCCUUUCCAAGCAUUCCUACUAACUAGCCAUGGCAGUUAUCACUGUGAACACCAAUGUCUCCACUUCCUUUUUCCUCUCAACCUCAUGCAAACCAAAACCCUUCAUCUUCCAACCCCUCAAACAACAACUUCCGUUACUUAAACCCUUCAAAUGCCUCCGACGCCGUUCAAGUUCGGUCAAGCCAAACCCUGUGAUUUCCUGCUCCGCGAUCGCCACCUCGGAGCUCGUUGUUCCGUCCAAGCUCGAGCAGCUCGCGGCGGAGUUCCGGUUGCUGCAGGAGCCGAGGGAGCGGGUGAAGCGCCUGCUUGACUUCGCCGCGGCGAUGGAGCCUAUGGCGGAGUCGGGUCGGGUCGACUCGAACCGGGUGAUGGGGUGCACCUCGCGCGUCUGGGUGGAGGUGGGGAUCGACGAGGAGGGGAAAGUGAGGGUGGCGGCGGACAGUGAUUCGGAUAUUACGAGGGGUUUCUGCGCGUGUCUGGUGUGGGUGCUGGAUGGUUCAAAGCCGGAGGAAGUUAUGAAUGUGAGCACCGACGAUUUGGCUGGUCUGAAUGCGGGGUUGCCGGGAGGGAGUGGGCGUUCGAGGGUUAACACGUGGCACAACGUGCUGGUGAGCAUGCAGAAGAGGACCAAGCAGUUGGUGGCUCAGAGGGAAGGGAAGUUUCCCUUUGAGCCUUUUCCUUCCUUGGUUAUUACCUCUGAUGGGGUUUUUCCCAAGGGUAGCUACGCUGAAGCCCAGGCAAAAUAUCUGUUCCCUAACGAGUUAAAAGUUGAUGAAUUAGUCAAUUUGCUGAAGGAGAAGAACAUUGGUGUUGUUGCACACUUUUACAUGGAUCCUGAGGUCCAAGGCAUUUUAACUGCUGCUCAGAAGCAAUGGCCACAUAUCCAUAUAUCUGAUUCACUGGUCAUGGCAGAUACUGCAGUUAAAAUGGCAAAAGCUGGAUGCCAGUUCAUAACAGUGUUGGGUGUGGAUUUUAUGUCAGAAAAUGUGCGUGCCAUUCUUGAUCAAGCGGGUUUUAGUGAGGUUGGUGUGUAUAGGAUGUCAAAUGAGCAAAUUGGUUGCUCUCUGGCUGAUGCUGCAGCUACUCCUACUUACAUGGAAUAUCUUUCAGCUGCUUCCAGGUCUACGUCUUUGCACGUCAUAUACAUUAACACUAAGUUAGAGACAAAGGCAUUUGCUCAUGAGCUUGUGCCUACAAUAACCUGUACUUCAUCAAAUGUUGUCCAGACUAUCCUACAGGCAUUUGCUCAAGUUCCAGAUUUGAGCAUAUGGUAUGGACCUGAUUCUUACAUGGGUGCAAACAUUAAAGAACUGUUCCAACAAAUGGCAAAGAUGACCGAUGAAGAGAUUGCUGCAAUACAUCCCGAGCACAGUCAAGACUCUAUUAGAUCAUUAUUACCUCGACUUCACUAUUUUGAGGAUGGAACAUGCAUUGUUCACCAUCUAUUUGGCCAUGAAGUUGUGGAGAAUAUCAAAGAAAUGUAUUGUGACGCGUUUCUCACUGCUCAUCUUGAGGUUCCUGGAGAGAUGUUUUCAUUGGCAAUGGAAGCAAAGAGAAGGGGAAUGGGCGUAGUAGGCUCCACUAAGAAUAUUUUAGAUUUCAUACAAGAUCGGGUUCAGGAAGCUUUGGACAGAAAUAUAAAUGAUCAUCUCCAAUUUGUUUUAGGAACAGAAUCUGGGAUGGUGACUUCAAUUGUGGCUAAAGUUCGUAGUUUGUUGGAGCCUGCGAAGUCCUCUUCUGAAAAAGCAAAAGUUACAGUUGAAAUAAUCUUUCCAGUUUCUUCUGACUCAAUCUCAAAAACAUCCUCAAGUUUAUCCUCAGGUGUUCAAUCUACCAAAGUGGGUGAUAUCAUACUUCCCGUGGUACCAGGAAUAGCCAGCGGGGAGGGCUGUUCCAUUCAUGGUGGCUGUGCAUCUUGUCCAUACAUGAAGAUGAAUUCUCUGAGCUCACUCCUGAAAGUUUGCUGUAACCUGCCUGAUGAAGAAAAUAUCCUUUCUGCAUACCAGGCAGAGCGAUUUAAGUUGCAAACACCAAAUGGGAAAUCAGUGGCAGAUGUUGGGUGUGAGCCUAUUUUGCACAUGAGGAAUUUCCAGGCUACUAAAAAACUUCCAGAGAUUCUUGUGAACCAGAUUCUUCACCCUCGACAAAGUACAUGCUGAAUUUGAUGAACUUUUGAAACAAUAAUGUGAUGUGAAGACCGACAAUUGUACUCCUAUGUUGUGAGCUAUUCCAAGUUGCAAAAGCCAGGUCCGUGCGUGGUCUUUGUCUUUCAAUAUAGCACGUUAAUUACUAAUACAACCACAUUUUGUUGUUGUACGAUAUCUAAUAUCGAUUAUUUAGAUAAAGAUUACAUAAUAUAGUUUCGUAUUGGUA